GAAUCAGCACAGCCCAAUCCAGAGGGGAUGAGAUCGGUUCAAAGGACUUGGGCUCCUGUGAGUGACCUGGAGCAAGCUGCUUUAGCUGCCCCGGCUCUCAGCUCCUCCAUCUGGGAGGGAUCCCGGCAUCCCGUCUAAAACCCGGCCCAGCUCAGUCUUCAAAAAAGCUGAUAGCCCUGCUCACCUGGAGGCGACCUACUGCCAGCUUCAUCCAGCUGCUCCCUAUCCCCCCCUGCGUGAGACCCGAGCCCUUUGAAAGCACACGUGGGGCACAGCGAGUGCACCGGGGCCCAGGGACCUGUGAGCUCAGCUCAUCAGCCAGCCAGAGAAGAUGGACACCUUCAGCACCAAGAGCCUUGCCCUGCAGGCUCAGAAGAAGCUCCUGAGCAAGAUGGCCUCCAAGACCAUGGCAAACGUCUUCAUCGAUGACACAAGCAGUGAGGUCCUAGAUGAGCUGUACCGUGUCACCAAAGAGUUCACCCGCAACCGCAAGGAAGCCCAAAAGAUUAUCAAGAACCUGAUCAAGAUCGUCAUGAAGCUGGGAGUGCUGUACCGCAACGGGCAGUUCAAUGCCGAGGAGCUGCUGCUGAUGGAGCGCUUCCGCAAAAAGGUGCAUACCUUGGCCAUGACCGCCGUCAGCUUCUACCAGAUAGACUUCACCUUUGACCGGAGGGUCAUGUCCAGCGUGCUGAAUGAGUGCCGUGACCUGCUCCACCAGGCUGUCAACACCCACCUGACAGCCAAGUCCCACUCCAGGAUCAACCACGUCUUCAACCACUUUGCGGACUACGAGUUCCUGUCGGCACUGUAUGGCCCCUCUGAGCCCUACCGCACCCACCUGCAGAGGAUCUGCGAAGGGGUCAACAAAAUGCUGGAUGAGGAUAACAUAUGACUGAGCAAAGGCAAGGCAUGGGAGUGACUGUCCAGCUUUUGGCCCCUGCUUUCUUCCAGCCAAAUCCUCCAGGCUGAAUGCUUGUCAAUGGCAAGGCGUCCAUGGAUUUCAAUGGCAUCGGGCUAUAUGACUGUCUUUCUCUGUGGUGCUAAAUAUCUUGCUUAUUCCCUUUUCUUUGUUAUAAAGACCAAGAGGUGUUCCCUUUCUAUGUGAAUUUUGCAAUGCUCUGCUUACCCUGGUGCCCAGAAUCUGUCUGCCUCAUUCUGCCUCCCAAAAAGGGAAAAAUCCUGCAGCUAGCAUCAAUCUCUCCCUUAACUCAAGCACAGCCCCACCAAGGGAGAGCGCCCACAGCUGAGACUGACAAGAUGCUGUACUUUGCAUCAUGCUCUGAUAUCUCAGCAUUUGAACCCAGUUCACUGUGCGUAUAACCCUAUGAGCCUGGACCUCCAGCCCCUAGCCUGAGUGACGAGCUAUCAUGUAUUUUAUAGCUCUUAGUCACACGGUGCAUGUUGUUACCCACAAAGUGCUCCGGACCUCACCGCUCGGAGGUCAAGGAGACCUGCUGUGGCAAAACUUCUGUUGCCUUUAAAGCUAUUUUAAGAUAUCAGCGGGGAAAAGAAUCCACUGCCUUUUGGUGUGUGACUCUCUUCCUAAGGCUCGUUUCAGCAGAGAUGUGACCAGCAGUGCCUCUCGGGUCCUGUACAAGGGUCAGGACACAGGGCUGUCUGUACCGGAGUUCAAACAAUACUGGCCAUGUUUAAAUCCAGGUUUUCCUAGCAUGUGUGGAAAGACUGAGCCAGCCUUUGAACUGCUGUACAAAGCCAUAGAGCUGCCAAAGCCAGGGGACAUGUAUUAGCCUCUUGCAUGCAAGCACUGGCAGACGGUGUUUAUCUAGCUUUAGCCUCCUCUGAGAACAAGAUGACUGUAGUGGGGGCAUCUCCCAAGGUGAUGAACUGUCCUUGGAAGUGUGAGGAUCACAUCCCCACAGGAACCCUUGAAUAGGAAAGAGGCUUCAGCCAGGACAGUCAGCCUGGGGUCUGACCAGCGGGGACCACUGUGAUUACAGUCAGAAGUCCACAACAGGCAAGACCUAAAACAGAGUGGCAGCAAAUGGCCACACUAGAGCCCACUUGUAUGUCCCUAUUAUCUUCAGUGACCCCAUAACUACUUUGGGCAAGUCACAGAGGCAACUACAUGUCUCUGUCCUCUCUAUAAGGACACGGACCCUUUUUUCCUGUUUGUGUUUCUAUUCUCUAGGAGCCAAGAGAAAGGGACAUGCUGCUCCUACAGACAUCAUACAAGCACUUUUCUUCCUUCUCCUUGGAAACCCAACCUGAAUUCCUCUGUCCUCAGCCUCUUCAGCCGAUUGUAUCUGUGUAACGGUGUUGAGGUGUCCCUGGGUAGCUGGCCAGAGCCACUGACGUAGGUUGUAGGUUUUAGACUUCUUAGAGUGAAUUAAAUUAAAAAAAAAAAAAAAAGAA